ACCAUACUUCUUCUAUAAAUCAGACACUCGGAAAAUAGUUUUCCAUCAACAACAUUCAUUUAUCCCAAAACUCUUUACCUUCUUUUUUUUCAUUCAUCUUUAUUUAUUCACUUUCAUUUGGUUCAUGGCGAUCGCUGCAUCUUUCACCCAGUCUUCAAUGAUCAUGGAAGAAGAAGCCAGAUUUGAAGCAGAGGUAGCAGAGGUCCAACAAUGGUGGAACACCGAUCGAUUCAAGCUAACUCACCGCAACUACACAGCACGAGACGUAGUGUCACUUCGUGGGACACUCAAACAACACUACCCUUCAAAUGACAUGUCUAAAAAACUGUGGCACACCCUUAAAUCUCACCAAGCCAAUGGCACAGCUUCUCGAACCUUUGGCGCAUUAGACCCUGUGCAAGUUACUUUGAUGUCGAAACAUCUCGACACCAUCUAUGUAUCGGGAUGGCAAUGCUCGUCAACUCACACGACAACGAAUGAGCCUGGCCCUGACCUUGCAGACUACCCGUAUGACACUGUGCCAAACAAGGUGGAACAGCUAUUCGCUGCACAGAAGUUCCAUGACAGAAAGCAGAAGGAGGCUCGUAUGUCUAUGUCACGUGAGGAGAGGGCGCGUACUCCUUAUGUGGACUAUUGUAAGCCCAUUAUUGCUGAUGGUGAUACAGGGUUUGGUGGUGCGACUGUUACGGUUAAGCUGUGUAAGUUGUUUGUCGAGCGAGGUGCUGCAGGAGUUCAUAUCGAAGAUCAAUCUUCAGUGACUAAGAAGUGUGGUCAUAUGGCGGGGAAGGUUUUGGUUCCUGCGAAUGAGCAUGUUAAUCGGCUUGUUGCGUGUAGGUUACAAUUUGAUGUUAUGGGGACUGAGACGAUUCUUGUGGCUAGGACCGAUGCAGUUGGUGCUACAUUGAUUCAAUCGAAUAUUGAUGCUCGUGAUCAUCAAUUUAUACUUGGGGUUACUAAUCCGGCUCUUCGUGGCAAGGGUCUUGCUAUGUUGAUUUCUGAAGCCACCAAUAGAGGUAAGUCGGCAGCUGAGCUGCAAGCAUUGGAAGACGAAUGGAUUGCUAAAGCGCAGUUGAAAACCUUCUCCGAAUGUGUAAGUGACGCGAUCAAAGGGUUGAGUAACAUUGUUGAGACAGAGAAGACUAGGAGACUCGAUGAAUGGAUGAACCACUCAAGCUUUGAUAAAUGUUUGUCCAAUGAUGAAGCUAGAGAGGUUGCAGCCAAGUUAGGUCUCCCAAAUCUGUUUUGGGAUUGGGACUUACCAAGGACUAGGGAAGGGUUCUAUAGGUUUAAGGGAUCCGUGGAUGCUGCUAUUCUACGCGGAUGGGCUUUUGCUCCUUACACCGACUUAAUAUGGAUGGAGACUUCUAGUCCCGACCUCAAUGAGUGCAUAAAGUUCUCCGAUGGAGUAAAAUCGAGGUACCCGAAUAUGAUGUUGGCUUACAAUCUUUCACCUUCGUUCAAUUGGGAUGCAUCGAACAUGAACGAUAAACAAAUGAUGGACUUCAUUCCUAAGAUUGCUAAGCUUGGAUUUUGUUGGCAAUUCAUUACUCUUGCUGGUUUCCAUGCUGAUGCUUUGAUAAUUGAUACUUUUGCUAAAGACUUUGCUAAGAGGGGUAUGUUGGCUUACGUCGAAAGGAUUCAAAGGGAGGAAAGGAAACAUGGAGUGGAUACUUUGGCUCAUCAGAAAUGGUCCGGUGCCAAUUACUAUGAUCGUGUGCUUAGGACUGUUCAAGGUGGCAUAACCUCAACCGCUGCCAUGGCCAAAGGGGUUACCGAGGAUCAAUUCAAGGAGACAUGGACAAGACCAGGUGCAAGUUCGGAUACGAGUAAUGGGGCUGUGGUGCUUGCUAGGCCGAGGAUGUAAUUUAGAAGUACUAUGGAAGUUAUGAAAGUAUAUUAUGGGCAAUAUUUGAGCAUCACUUAUGACCCAAAUCCUUUGUGUGUUCUUCGUUCAUCAAGUGUAUUUCCAAUUAUUGGAUAAAAAAGGGAUGAUGUUUUUUAUUGAUUUCCAUUGAUGUUUCUCUUUAAUUAUCAAUGAUAUGUGGCAACAAAUUCUUGUA